UGCUUUACCAAGAGAUCACUGUAAUUUCAGAAAUUGGGACAGCAAUUCCACGUCCUCCACUCGACACGGAGCUGGCGCUCUCAUGCAUUCAUACACAGACCGACGGUGUCACUUCGCAAGCUUCGCCCCCUUCUCCGAUUCCCACAAUUCCGCCCACAGCUAAGAUGGCGGCGGGCGUGCAGGGCUGCGUGAGACGCUUUCUCCGGAUGCCCCGCAACUGGCAUUGCAGCUCUUUCCAAGCUCGCUCGGCCGCCUCCUUGUCCUCCGCACACGUGCGCCAGAUGUUCCUCCAGUACUUCCAGGAGCGGCACGGACAUCAAGUCGUUCCCUCGGCUUCUGUGAGGCCUCGAAACGAUCCCGGGCUGCUAUUCGUGAACGCGGGAAUGAACCAGUUCAAACCAAUCUUCCUGGGCACAGCAGAUCCUCAAAGUGAGCUUAAACGUUACCGCCGAAUUGUGAACACCCAAAAGUGUGUGCGGGCAGGUGGAAAGCACAAUGAUUUGGAGGAUGUGGGUCGAGAUGUUUAUCACCAUACUUUCUUUGAAAUGCUCGGGAACUGGUCCUUUGGUGAUUAUUUCAAAGAGGAAGCAUGUAAGAUGGCAUGGGAGCUCCUGACACAAGUCUAUGAAAUUCCAAAGGAUCAGCUUUAUGUCACUUAUUUUGGAGGUGAUGCCUCACUUGGUCUAAAUGCUGAUGAAGAGUGUAGGGAUAUAUGGCUUACGCUUGGUGUACCCCCUAGCCACGUUCUUCCUUUUCACCUGAAAGAUAACUUCUGGGAGAUGGGUGACACUGGUCCUUGUGGACCCUGCACAGAAAUCCAUUAUGAUCAUAUAGGUGGUGGAAGAAAUGCAGCAGCACUCGUGAAUCAGGGCAGUCCUGAUGUAGUGGAGAUCUGGAACCUCGUUUUCAUACAGUACAAUAGAGAGGCCAACGGGAGUUUACGCCAUCUGCCUCAGCAUCAUGUGGACACCGGAAUGGGCUUAGAAAGGUUGAUGACAGUUCUUCAGAACAAACGCUCCAAUUAUGACACUGACCUCUUCACCCCAAUCCUGGAUGCCAUCCAUAAGGGCUGCGGUGGACCUGGUUACCAAGGCUUGGUUGGCGAGACUGACCUGGGUGGAGUGAACAUGGCAUACAGAGUGGUGGCAGAUCAUGUGCGUGCCUUGUCUGUGUGCAUAGCGGAUGGGAUUUUCCCAGGCAUGGAUGGUGCCGAGCUUGUUCUGCGUCAGAUCUUACGCAGGGCUGUACGAUUUUCUUCGGAGGUUCUCCAUGCUCCACCUGGGUUCUUGGCGAGUUUGGUUCCUGUUGUAGGAGAAAUUCUGGGAGAUGCUUAUCCAGAACUAAAGAAGGAUCCAGAGCAGAUUAUGAAUAUCAUCAAUGAAAGAAAGUUGCUGAAGUUGCUCAUAUUCUUGCCUACAGGCGAGGUAGCUUGGUCUCUCUAUAGAAAUUUGGGAUUCCCCCUGGAUCUCAUUAAGUUGAUGCUUGAAGAAAAAGGAGUACAGCUAGACAUUGCUACUUUUGAUCGUCUGGCUCAGGAACAUGCUGAACACAAUGCUAAGAUGCAACAGCAACAGCAACCCCAGAGUUCUAGGAAGCAGCUGGAUGUGCUUUCAUUGGCUCACUUGCAGCAGCGUAAUGUGCCCAUUACUGAUGAUUCCCCCAAGUAUGACUAUAAACGUGGACAAGAUGGGAAAUAUGUGUUCAAGCCAUGCCAAGCCACUGUCUUAGCAUUAUAUAGAGAUCAGACUCUUCAAGAAGAAGUUUCAGGAAAACAGCACUGUGGGGUCCUGCUAGAUAGGACUUGCUUCUAUGCUGAGCAGGGUGGUCAGGCAUCUGAUCAAGGCUAUAUGAUGUGUGGCAGACAUCAGGAUGUACUUUUUCCUGUUGAAUCAGUACAAGUAUUUGGUGGCUAUGUAAUCCAUGAAGUCUUCAUUUCAGAAACCCUGAAGGUUGGGGACCAAGUACACCUCUUUGUGGAUGAGGCCCAGAGGCUAGCCUCCAUGAGGAACCACACAGCUACCCACUUGUUGAACUUUGCACUCCGCCAAGUCUUGGGAGACUGCACAGAGCAACAGGGAUCCAGUGUGACUGCUGAGCAUCUGCGAUUUGUUGUCAACACCAAGGUCCGCAUAAAAACAGAGAACCUGCAAGAGGUAGAAAGUGUGGUGCAAGAGAUGAUCAAAAGGAAUGAAACUGUCUAUACAGGAAAUGUUCCCCUCAGUCAGACCAGUGAUGUUCUAGGACUCCGGAAACUGGAUACGGUGUAUCCCGAUCUGGUUCGUGUAGUGUCCGUAGGUAUCCCAGUUGAAAAGGUCUUGGCUGAGGAUUCUAAGCAUGCAAUGAAUACCUCGGUGGAACUGUGCUGUGGAGUACACCUUCUGCAAGCAGGAGAUGUACAAGAUUUCACCAUCAUCUCAGAGAAGCAGGCGGUUAAAGGAAUCAGCCAUAUUGUUGCAGUGACAGGAGAGCAAGCCAGACAAGCUCAGAAUAUUGGCCAGUUCUUGGCUAAAGAAGUGGAUUCACUUGGUACCCUAGUGAAAUUGGGAGGAGCCUCGGUUAAUGAAACACAGCGAAUCUCCAAGGAAGUUGGUCAUCUGACUGAUAGAGUGGAUACUACCAAGAUGCCACAGUGGCAGAAAAGGAAAUUGCAGGCUACUCUCAAAACACUACAGCAAGCAGCCAACAGUGCCCAUAGGAAAAUGGGGGUCAGACUGGCAGCAGAGAAGGUGCAAGGCUUGCUGACAAAGUAUUCCAAUGAGCCAGUCAUCAUUGAUACUAUUCCUGCUGAGACACCCUAUAUCUUGAUGAAAGCAGUCAAGCAACUGUGUAACAAAGUCCCAGGGGCUUCUGUGAUGUUGCUUAGCUCACAACCAGCAGGCCAAGUGUUUUGCGCUUGUCAGGUGUCCAAGAGUUCAUUAUCAAAGGCUUCUGCAGCUGACUGGGCUCUCGCUGCCUGUACUCAAAUGGGAGGCAAAGCAGAAGGUUCUGGAGUUGUAGCAAAAGGCAUGGUGAAGACUGAUGAUGUAAAGAUGGUACUGGCGGCAGCACAGGAAUAUGCAAAGAAUGUAUUUUGAUGCUUGGUUGUAAGGAAUAUCUGGAUGUUCACUUGAAUGACCGAAUCCUAACGAGCUCAGUACAUUAUGGUGCUGCAACCCUUUGGAUUCUUCUGGAUUGUUGGACUGGUAGAAUGUGCUGCUUUGGCUAGCCAAUGUAUAUAAAUAACUUCUUCCAUGAAAUACAAUUUGCACAUGAUGUUAAGAAAGAACAGAGAUCAUCCUUUGACCAGUCACAUAAGGACAAGGCAACUCAACCAUACAGGUAAAUAUAGUCAGCCUUUCAGAAUAGCCUCAAAGAAAGAAAUAACUAUAUUUCUUUGACAAUAAAAGAUAUAAGUUUGUUGGCUGCAGGAUCAUGUUUUUUAUUCAGUGGAACAAAAAGUAUGCUGUCUCAUUAGAACCAUUUUUUUCUGCAAUGGAACAAAUUAUUUCCAGGAAAGUAUGCUAUCUAGUCUUUCUCUGGCUGGUUGUAUAAAUUUUGCAGAUUAGUAUUACUUGAAGGGAGCUUUUGCUU